UUGUUGGUUGGGGAGAGGCCGCCAUGAGCUGUCUGCGAGAGGAGGAUGAUCCUUACGUGGUCGAGGAGCCGAGCGAUGAGGAGCCGGCGCAGAGCAGCUCUGAAGAUGAAGUGGAUGUGCUCUUAAAUGGCACCCCUGAUCAGAAGCGUAAACUAAUAAGGGAGUGCCUGACUGGAGAAAGUGAAUCUUCAAGUGAAGAUGAAUUCCAAAAAGAAAUGGAAGCUGAACUAGCCUGCACCAUGAAAAAUAUGGAGGGCAAGUGGAAGUCACAGCUCACAGGUGGCACUUCUAAUGCUGGGCAAUCUGCAACUGUCUCCACUUCAAAGUACUAUGAUGACAUUUAUUUUGAUUCUGAUUCAGAGGAUGAAGACAAAGUAGUUACGCCAGAAGCUAGGAAAAAAAGGAAACACCAACAGCGUCGAAUUCCAACUAAUGAUGAGUUGUUCUAUGACCCAGAAGAAGACAAUAGAGAUCAGGAGUGGGUAGAUAUGAAGAGAAGAGGGUAUCAUAGUAUAAGAAGUGCACUGUCACCACAACAGCAGGCCAAACUUCCUGCCAUUCCCAACAGUGAUGCUGUUUUGAACUGUCCUGCUUGCAUGACAACAUUGUGCCUUGAUUGUCAGAGGCACGAAUCAUACAGAACUCAGUACAGAGCAAUGUUUGUGAUGAACUGCACUGUUAUCAAAGAAGAGAUUUUGAAAUACAAAGGCCCAUUGAACAAGAAGACAAAGAGAGAGCACAAGAAAAUUAAACAGAGUAGUGAAUCUAUUGCUGGCCUGGAAAAACAGGAAGAGGAGGAGAUAUAUCAUCCAGUAAAAUGUACUGAAUGUUCAACAGAAGUGGCUGUCUUAGAUAAGGAUGAAGUCUUUCAUUUUUUCAAUGUUCUAGCAAGCCAUUGCUAAUUCACAAAAAAUUGCAUUAUUUGACGUUUUAUUAACAUUCCAAAGCACUGGGCUGUUUUAUUUGUUCCUUUUUGUGUCAUUUGUUCAAACGGACAUUUAAACAAAUUGAUGUGGAAAUUAUAUCCUUGGCGCUUUCUGUAUUAGUAAGACAAGUGAACUUUAGUUUAUGUAUAUAGUUUGUUUUUGAAACAGUUGCUUAUGUGCAUAAUUAUCUAUAUCCUGUUAAGUAGCAUAAAAUUACUUGGAGCUAGAUUGAGAUCAGGCCAGGGUUCCAGUGGCUGACUAACAUGAAGCAGACAUUGGUAUUACUUAACUAUGGGUUUUUUAUUUUCUCUCUCUCUGUUCUUCGUUCAUCCCAAAUAUUUCGUAAAUCCAGUGCACUUGUUUCUUGCUUGCAAUUUCACUUUCCUGAGAUGCAUCUUGCUCAUAUCAAGACCAUCUUCUCCCUUUAGCAUCAAAAUGGCUACAGUCUGCAAGAGCAUCUUCCUGAUAAUGGCAUCUAAAUAUCAAAUAAAAAUAAAAUCACAAAUACAGGCAUUCUUGGUCUCACUUUAGACUUUAACCAUACUUUAACCAAGAAACUUGGAUCUUUUCUAAACACUAUGUAGGAACAUUGUAAUUUAAACAUACUUUUGGUAGUUGGGAAGAAGUUGAACACUUUAUAAAAUGUCAAUGAGUUGUUAGAAUCUGUUACAAGAAUAUUUAAAAAGACUGUUAAAAUUAUUGCCACUUCCUCAGAACCAUAAAAAAUAGAAAUAGCAAAGAUACAUAAGUGACAGAAAUAAGUAAGAUACAUUCAUGUUAUGAAGGACAUGUACAGGACAGUUUCAGUUACCACUUAGAGGUGGAAGUGUUUAUAUCAUCCUUUCCCCACCUGGUUCCCUCUAGAUGUGUUGGACUAAAAUUCCCAUAAUCCCUCCGAAGCUAGCCUGACCAUUGACUAGGUUAGGAAAGGUUGGUCUACAUGUAUUUUCAAGAGCUUAAAACAUCUUAUACUAUAUCCCCCCUUCCCCCGGCCUCUUUCUCAUAACUCUGUGAGGUUGUUUAGGCUGCAAAACAUGCAGCCCUAGGUAUUGAAAAAUAUAAUCUAGAAAUGUUAGCCUUUGGCAUUCUGUUAAAAUUGAGAUGUUAGACAAUUCAUACGUUUUAACUUUACGCCAUACUUGAUCUAUCUUUUUAACAGCACUUUCAGAGAGUUGCUUUCCAGAAACCAUGUAAUAAGCUUUAAGGCUAAGCAGCUGAACUUUUAUUGUGCAUGUCUAGGCCCAGCAAUCUAGCCCAGAGUUCUUCUAUGGCAGUGCCUGCAUCUUGGCAACAAAGUAGAUCUGCUAUGCUAAAAAGGGAGAGAAUGCUCCCCUAUUCUCUUGUGUGGCUUUGGGAUUCCUCUCAUGUUUCUGAGGAGAUUAAAAGGGUAACUUUCCACAAAGCAAAAAUAAAUAAUUUCUUUUCCUAAUGACAAAGAAACGUACAAACUAGCUUAAUUGACUUGAGAAUCAAAAUACUCAGUUCACAGUCUUUUAAAGGAAACAUCACAUUACAUUAUAGCAUAUUAAAACUGUAAGAUCUCAAAUAUAAAAGGGGUAAAAGUAGAAUAAAAAUGAUCUAAUCACUACUAAAUUACUUUUGUAAAUUAUCAACCUCCCAGGAGACUAAACUAUAAAACUGGCAUAUAAAAAAUGGUUUCAGAUUCACCAAAUCAGCAUUUUAUUACAAGACAUUUAACCUUUAUUGAAUUUGUCUGAGUUUUCAGCAAUGAAUCCUAAUCUGAAAGAUUGGUGUCCAGUAUUUAUAGCAUUCCACAUGAAAGAGUAAUCAGUUACUGUAUUUCUUCAAUUCUAAGACACACUUCCCCCCCCCCCCCAUAUAAACGUCUCUAAAAACGGGGUGUGUCUUGGAAUCGCGGGCAUGUCUUUUUUCUUGGAAUCGAAGCUUUUUUUCUGUUGGUGAUACUGAAAUUAGUGUGCAUCUUACAAUUGAUGGUGUCUUACAAUCAAAGAAAUGCGGUAAUACAGAUGGUCAUUUAGACUGAUUUUGUGCUGGUUUCUAAUGGUUUUCUGUUGUAUUGCUACUUUAAAAAAAUGUUUUGACUGUAUUUUAUUGAUAACUUUUUAUAGCUGCCCAGAAGACUUGCUUGAUUGGUGAUAUGUAAAUGUUAUAAAUAAAACAAUAAAUAAAUGUUCUGUGAACUUUAUGGCAA